AUGGCACCCAAGGCUUCGGUUGAAUCACGCCAGUCGGUCGCCAUAGUUGGCACUGGCAUGGCUGGUUUGAUCACGGCAUACAUGUUAAGAAAUGACUCGCGAGGGAGGUUCGAUGUGGAAGCCUUUGAAAAGCAAAAUCACUUGUCGCUUGAUUCUGCAUCGCUCACCGUCUCCAACAAAUCUGGGACAAAACAGCGAGUGGAUCUACCCAUGCGGGCCUUUGCAAGUGGCUUUUACGAUAAUUUAAAACGCAUGUAUGACUAUUUCGGUGUUGAGUAUGGUUCACAAAGAUUUGUAUAUCCGUUUUCCACGGUAUCAGAGUCAGUAUGUGAGAAGAAACGCAACAUACGCACCCACUAUAUUCACUCCUCUCACAUGCACCAAUUCCCCCCACUUAAACCCGAGGGCUGUUCUUGGUUUUCAUGGCUCAUCGAGGCACUAUAUCUCGGGAUCUGCUACCUCUGGAUCGUGGCCUGCUCGACUUUCGUCAAGCCGAUAGAGGCCAAUGAUUCGCGAUCUUCAGAAACCUUUCGACAGUAUGCGGCGCGAAUCCGAUUACCUCAGUACUUCCUGAAGCAUUAUUAUUUACCCAUUAUGUCUGCGGUGACAACAUGUCCUCACAAUGCGCUGUUGAACUUCCCCGCAGUCGACAUUGUUGAUUACCAGGCAAAAACUUUCCGAAAGCCGCAUUACACUGUAAUGGGCGGCGUCAACAAAGUUCAAGAUAGACUUUCAAAAGAUCUAAAAGUCCACUUUUCAUCAGCUGCCACAAGAAUUGAAAAUGUCGGGACAAGAGUCCGACUGACUUGGAAAAACGACCGGACUGGUGUAAUUGAAUCGAAACUGUUCGAUCAUGUCAUUAUGGCCGUCAGUCCCGAUGUUGUUCGCGCAAUUUUUCCUCCUCUGCGAAGUGUUUUGGCAAUAAUACCCACAGAGUCCGUGCCCGCCUAUGUGCACCGCGAUUUUGAUCGCUUACCAGAGUGCAGCAAGGUUGUGGAUGGGAAAUUUGAAUCAAAACCUGGUCUUCCGCCAUCCGAACGCAUUCAUCUCUGCUCCAACUCUUCCUCAACGGAGUUCACACACGAGCAUCUUUCUUCGGUUAUCAUCACGACUUCACCUAUUCUUCCUAUUGAUCCUUCAAAGAUAGAGCAUAGUGUCUUUUUUACCCGGACUCUGCGAACUCCUAUCAGUCGAAAAGUCACAAACGAAAUUUUUGAUUCCCCGAAGUCUCACAGCGAUGCUGUAGAUUUAAAGCAAUGGCGAAAUGGAGAUGGCAAUGUCUGGCUUGUAGGCAGUUGGUGCUGGGAUGGAAUGGUCCUGCUCGAAGGAUGCAUUGCUUCCGCACUGCGGAUCGCUGACAAGCUGGAUGUUGAGGUUCCAUGGGCUUCGUGA